AUUUACGCGACACGGUACUGUCAGGACCCCAACGUCGACGCGAACAGACAUGGAGAAAUCGGCGGUCCAAAAAAACCCAAAACACCGGCGGUCCAAAUCUCGGUCUCGCUCUAGAGAAAGGAAUAAGAGUCGGGUGGUCAGAUCGCGAUCUAUGGAGGAUCGACACGGAAGAACACGGCAUGUAGAAAGUUCUCGUAGAAGAACGCGGUCAGGGAGCAGCGGGUCGAAAAGCAGCGGCGCUUCCAGAGAGCGGAGACACGGGGCAGCUGGCCGCUCGAGUGAUUCAGACAGCGGUAGCCGGGGGAGGAGACACCGCUCUCGGGGAGAGUCUAGAGAUAGAGACAGCGACGACCGCAGGAAAAAGAAACACAAGAAGAAGAGCGAAAGGAAGGAGAAACGUGAACACAAGCCGAGCAGAAGUUCAUCUCGUUCCAGCACAUGCUCCAGUGCGGAGAGACGCCAUGCCAGGGACGGAGACAGCAGUGACCGAGAGGGAAGGAGGAGACGGCGGAGCAGGAGCCUCAGCAGAGAGAGACGGAGGGAGCGCGAUGAGGAGAGGAGGAGAAGUAAAGGGAGGGAAAGGAUAAGUGAGGACAGGGAGUGGAACAGGAGGAGGAACGAACGUGAUGACAGCAGGGAGAGGCAGCAGAGGAGGAGGUCACCCUCAGCUUCCUCGGAAUCAUCCCGGUCUUCUGCUUCAGAGCAGGGUGACAAAAAAGAAGGGCAAGCUGCUCGGUCAGCCAGAGAGGAGCAAAAGAGGCAGAAGGAGAUGCUGAAGGCUUUGGAGACACCAGAAGAGAAAAGAGCUCGUCGACUGUCUAAAAAAGAGGCCAAAGAGAGGAAGAAGCGUGAGAAAAUGGGCUGGAGUGAGGAGUACAUGGGAUACACUAAUGCAGACAACCCUUUUGGAGACAAUAACCUUCUUGGCACCUUUAAAUGGCAAAAGGCUCUUGAGCUAAAGGGAAUAGGGCACUUGGGUGAAAAGGAUCUGAAGGAGAGAAACAAGCUCAUCCAGGAGGAGAAUCGCAGGGAGCUACAGAAGGUGAAGCAGUUGCGUCUGGAGCGAGAGAGGGAGAAGGCCAUGCGGGAGCAGGAGUUGGAGAUGCUGCAGAGAGAGAAGGAAUCCGAGCAUUUUAAAACCUGGGCAGAGCAAGAGGACAACUUUCAUCUGCAUCAGGCCAAGCUCAGAUCUAAAAUCCGCAUCCGAGAUGGUCGAGCCAAGCCCAUUGACCUGCUGGCCAAAUACAUCAGCGCUGAGGAUGAUGACCUGUCUGUAGAGAUGCACGAACCCUACACCUUCCUGAAUGGACUUACCGUCACAGACAUGGACGACCUGCUGGAGGACAUCAAGGUGUAUAUGGAGUUAGAACAGGGGAAGAAUGUGGAUUUUUGGAGAGACAUGACCACAAUCACAGAGGACGAGAUCAGCAAACUGCGUAAACUGGAAGCUUCAGGAAAAGGGCCAGGUGAUCGUCGUGAGGGUAUCAACACGUCAGUGAGUACAGACGUGCAGUCUGUGUUUAAAGGGAAGACAUACAGCCAGCUGCAAGCACUGCACAUGAACAUAGAAAAUAAGAUCCAGGCUGGAGGCUCGAACCUGGACAUCGGCUACUGGGAGAGCUUGAUGCAGCAGGUGCGGGUCUACAUGGCACGAGCAAGACUGAGAGAGAGGCAUCAGGACAUCCUCAGGCAGAAACUCUACAAGCUGAAGCAGGAGCAGGGGGUGGAAAGUGAACCACUCUUCCCCAUUAUCAAAGAGGAACCCGAGUCUGAGAAUCCAGUUACAAACACAGAGGAGCCUUCCAUAUCUCCUUCCUCACAGGCUGCUGCUGCUGAUUCACCGAAGCAACCAGGGGAAAGAAAAGCGCAGAAGAAAGAUGAUGGAGAUGAGAGACCAGGGCCGAGCUCCAGAGCUUCUGCAGAGAAGGAGGGAGGUGAAAGAGAAGGGGGCGAGGAGGGCGAGAAAAGUGGAGAAGUGGAAUCUGUGCUUACUGAGGAGGAUCUGAUCCAGCAGAGCCAGGCUGAGUACGACUCGGGCCGUUACAGUCCUGUGCUCCUGCAACCUUCCGAGCUCCCACUUGACACGCACGCUGUGGAUGUAGAGGAAGACCUCCAACGCUUACAACUUGCCCGCAGGCAGCUGCAGGUCACAGGCGACGCCAACGAGAGCGCAGAGGAUGCGUUUGUGCGCCGUGCGAAAGAGGGCAUGGGGGGUGACGAGGCCCAGUUUAGCGUGGAGAUGCCCCUGACUGGGAAAAUGUACAUGUGGGCAGACAAGUAUCGUCCACGUAAACCUCGCUUCUUCAAUCGCGUGCACACAGGCUUCGAGUGGAACAAGUACAACCAGACGCACUACGACUUUGACAACCCGCCACCCAAAAUUGUCCAGGGUUACAAGUUUAACAUCUUCUACCCAGACCUGAUCGACAAGCGCUCCACACCUCAGUACUUCCUGGAGCCGAGCCCGGACAACAAGGACUUUGGCAUCCUGCGUUUUCAUGCCGGGCCGCCAUAUGAGGACAUAGCAUUUAAGAUCGUCAACCGCGAAUGGGAAUACUCUCAUCGUCACGGCUUCCGCUGCCAGUUCGCCAAUGGCAUCUUCCAGCUGUGGUUUCAUUUUAAGCGUUAUCGCUACAGGAGAUAAGGGGCUGGGGCUUACAUUUAAAGAUGUGUACAAACAGUUAUGUAAUCGUUCUUUUAUUUUUGCACUAAUAAAAAUCUGUUCGUUA